AUGUCCGACUCGGAAUCUCAUCCUUCUCUUUUACCUCCUCAUUCCCCCAUCAGAUCAUAUCACAGUCCUCCUCCUUCUUUCUCCCAUGAUCCUCUCACACCUAAUACAUCUUACGAUCCACUAAGUUCCGCUAGACUCUCACGACAACAACCUACAACUCAAACGACAAUUAAAUCUCCACUCGGAAUAAUGUCCCAUCCCUCUCAGAUGGCACAUACUAAUAUUAUAGACACAUCCUCGAAUCAGACGGUUUUACCUCACGACGGCGGGCAAGGUGGUAUUAUUCAUCAUUCCCCUCAAGAAAUCCAUUCUUCUUUACCUCCCAGACGUAGUUCGGAAAACAUCGAGAGUCCUGAAGGAAGGAAGAGGAGAAGAGCUGGGGUUACUGGAGAACCACAGAAAGAUGAAGGAGGUAGAAGAACUGUGACUUUGGGUGUACCUGAGAAAAGUGGUCAAAUAUCAAAACUUAGUCCGAAACGUUCGACGUCAAAUGUACAUCAUGGAGGUAACAUACCAAUGCUUACCAGUUGUGAAGCUUGUAGGAAAGGCAAACGUCGAUGUGAACCUUCUCCAUUAGUACCACCCGACCAUCCGGACGCAGCUAAAUUACCUUGCGCAAGAUGUCGUAGAUUCGCUCUUGAAUGUCACCGUGUACGUGUUACCCGUAGAAAAGGUCCAGCACCAGUCGCCUUGUCCGAUGCAGCGUAUGGUUUUCAAAAUGGUUCUGGAUCAGGUUCAAGCGAUUUUCAACCUUCAACAGAAAUAUAUCCUCGUCCACCUCUCCCUCUUGAACAAUUACGUCGUGCCACAGUUGUUCAAGUACACGAUCCCGCCAUGUCAGGUAUGCAGCAGGAUUACCCACUUCCGCCUACUGGACCAGGUGGAUACGCUACUUCACCUUCUUUCCCACUCUUGGUAGCUUCUCCAACCGUCUCGACAUCUACUUUUCCCGAUAAUCUAGAUCAAGUUGUUGCUGGCCCAGUCAUUGAUAACAUCAUCAACUUGUUCUUCGAUUACGUCUACCCUCUCACACCAUGUCUUCAUCGACCGACUUUCGUCGCCAAUCUCACAGCUAGAAUGGACAAGACAGACCCGGUUUUCUUCGCUCUCACAUUGACGGUAAUAGCCAGUACUUUGGUACAGGUUCCUAGGAGUUUGGUAAAUUUGGAAAAAACGGAAAUUGAAUCUUUAGCUCGUAGAUGCGUACGUGUGGCCAAAGCGAAGAUAUCGUUUAUAUGGGAAGAACCUGUUCCUGUGCAAAGCUCAUUUGUGGUUAUUUCGUAUCUGGAGGGUAUUGUCCAUCUGCUGCUAGGAAACAAUACAGCGCAUGUUGUCGCCACGGCUCAAGCCAAUCAGUUGGCGUUGGCUAUGCGACUGAACGAGGAGUCUGAGAGCUUAUUGGGUUUGUCUUCUUUACAAGGUAGUGGGAAAAUUACUCAUUCUCAGUUGCUAUUCCAAGCCGAUAAAAGUACUGCUUGCCUUCGUGCACGUACCAUAUGUCUCCGUUUGGACGACGCUCCUGGUUUAGCGUUACCGACAGAGGUGGACGAUGAACAGAUCACAUCGACAGGUAUCACGCCACAGCCCGUAGGACGGAUACCGCUGAUUGCGGGGUUCAACAUUGUGACCAGUUUGUUCAAAAUACUCAAUGAUGCUCUCCUGUUGCAGCGGAGAAAAGUUCCUCCAACUGUCGACAGCGUGCUGGCCGAUUUGCAGCUCGUCAGUGAAUUACGCAAUAGCGCAAUGAGAACAGCGCUCGAUGUUGACUCGCCACUUCAAUUGCGCAAGGCAUAUGAUUCCAGAGUUGCCAGUCCGGCUCACGACUGGGAAUCCAAGCUUCAAGAACGGUUCAUGGACUUUUUCCACUCCGCGGGCGAUACCAGUCAUGCACUGAAUAGUUUCCUUGUUAUGCAGGGUAAUAUCCUAGUCACUCAACAUGUGGUCCGACUGGUUCUACUCCAAACCCGCCAGAGUCUAUACCAGCAGUUAUCCCUGCUUACCCAAGUACCCAUGCAAGGUGUGGGAGGUCUGGGGAAUGCCGAAACCUCUGAAGCAGCGGAAGACAUAGCUUGCGAGCUGCUCGAUGGACUUAACAGUCUACCGGUGGAGUGCGUAGCUACCAAUGGACCUUCGCUCGUACAAAAAGUACGAUUUGUCGCCAUUCAACUGAUGGAAUGUGCCGUCACGCCUUCGUCUACCACUGCCAGGGCACACAAACUGUUGAUGCAGUUCCUGAGCGUGCUGGGUGUCAUUGAAGAUCUUUAUGCCUUACGGACAAUGUUUUUGAAGCAGUUGGUUUGGAUGAAUAUCAAGGAAUGUAUCGUAGGGUGA